GGCAACUGCCCACUUCACUUGCUGGCAUUGCUCUGAGUUGUAAGCCAGAAGAUAGAAUGGAUUGUCCACAGGAAGAUCAAUAGGAGUUGUCUUCAAUCCACUGGUACUACAGCAAAAAUCAAUUGUCGUUCCAGUAAUCAGGGUGUAAAAAAGAGGACAAAGAAAGCGAUAACUCCCACAGGUCUUGCUGUCAUACGUCAACUCUAAAGCGUCCCAAACAAAGGAAAUCUCACUUCUGCAUUCAAAUCCGUUCAAAUCUUCGAGAUUCCUUGAUUCUUUGAAUCGAGGAAGCGAUUACGUGAAUCGCAGUGACAUUUUGUGGAUCCCAGCGCUAGGAAAAGUUCGCUUUGUUUCGAUCGAAGUGGAAAACUAAAAGAUGCUGAAUAGCACGAACGAUUCGUUGGAUAAUACAUUCUAUCGUCAAGCCAGUGAGCAGCAUGUUGCUCUUCGUACUGGUCUUGGUACCAUUGCGUUUCUUUCCUUCACUGGGAAUGGUCUUCUCGUAGUGUUGUUCAUGAAGAACAGAGAACUACUCAAAACACCCUACAGUUUAUUCAUACUCAGCCUUGCUGUUACGGAUAUGACAACAGGUAUYGCCCUGGUCUUAACGCCAGCCUACAUCGUAGGCACGUAUAACUUCCCGAUCCCAAGUGGCAUUGCCGGGGAGCUAUUCUGUCGUAUCGUUGCCUCGUAUUUCUUGGUAUUUUCUCUUGGUAUUGUAUCGGUUUACACCAUCACUUGUCUUGCUUUAGAAAGGUGGUUUGCAGUGGCUCGUCCAGCGAAGUACAAAGCCAGUUUCAAGAAGAGCCGUGUGGCAGUGAUAGUCUCUCUCGUAUGGCUGUGCUCUUUCUUGCUCAACGCUCCUCAGAUGUUCGAGAUGACUCUGGGACCGGACAAUAACUGCAUCUGGAUCAAUAACCUGACAGAAGGAAAGAUACGAAAACUGAUUGCCUUCGUCGAGUUUAACGGGAAAUUCUUCAUCCCUCUUGUUGUGACUUCAAUCGCGUUUAUCAACUUAGGUCUCAGAGUACGUCAUUCUCCCGCACUUUUUAAGACCAAUCACGGCCAAGCAGGUAUCCGUCUACUGCGCAUGUGCGUGACUACAGCGGUGGUGCUUGGGAUCUGUUGGUUUCCUAACCAGCUCUAUUACUUGUUGUUUAAGUUUGAUCUCACGUAUAUGGACACUCCUAUACAUCACUUCACUGUGAUAAUGUGUAUGGGGAAUUCCUGUGUCAACCCGUUCAUCUACUGUGCCACGAAUAAAGCUUAUCGGGAACGCUUCAUUGGUAUAUUGUGCCCUUGUUAUAAGGGAGUCGUAACGCCUCUUGAAGGGCACAGUGAUUUAGGCAACAGGAGUCAGGUUUCUAGAGCCAGAGGCGUAGAUGCAAAGGAUAACUUAGCUGUGGAAAGCAUUAUGUAAAAGGAUAUCUUCCUGUGUUUAAUUUACUUUUGCUCAGGUCUGAUGGAAUAGACYUCUUUAGCUUGGACGUAAUGUUUCCCCACUUCAGACCAUGUGUCAUUUCCUAGAGUAUCAUUUCUUUGUGUAAUGGUUGCACAUGAGAAGACACAUGGAUAUAGGUACAACUCAAACAAAGAUAUUAUUCUCAAGAGAAUGACAUGUGGUUUGAAAUGGGAAUUUCACCCAUGACAAAGAGGUCCCAAACAAAGAUAUUAUUCUCAAGAGAAUGACAUAUGGUUUGAAAUGGUAAUUUCACCCAUGACAAAGAGGUCCCAAACAAAGAUAUUGUUCUCAAGAGAAUGACAUGUGGUUUCAAAUGAGAAUUUCACCCACGACAAAGAGGUCCCAAACAAAGGUAUUAUUCUCAAGAGAAUGACAUGUGGUUUGAAAUGGAAAAAACAUUAAGAUCAAGGUAAAGAGGUCUAUUAUAUUGUAUCCAUAUUUGAGUUGUAUCUAUAUUCUUCUCAUGCACAACUGUUAGACAAAGAAAUGAUACUCUAGGGAAUGGCACGUGGUCUGAAAUGGGAAAACAUUACUCCCAAGGUAAAGAGGUCUAUUACUUUGAACAUUCAAGAUGCAUUCUAGUGAAGGUCCGUGGGAUUUCAAAGUGUUUGUAUUUUUGAAGUUGGCAUUAUUUACUUUACCAUUGGUAUUUGUUAAUAUUUAGACAAUGAUUGGAGGCUAACCCUGAGUAAAUGAGUCUGUAAUCAAGGAACACAGCAAUAUUGGAUUAAUUCAAAGAUGCUAUUAGAUAGUAUUAUGGAUAAUUUCAGUAAGAAACGUAUAUCAACCUCUCUUAAAUAUGAAAUUCUGAUCCUUCAAUGUGGAUAUAAAAGCAAAACAAAUGUACCCGAAAGGUUUUUUUGAAGUGACUGGGAGUUUGGUCAUUGAAACCAUGUGACCGAAAAAUUCCUUGAGAUAUAAAUGACAAUGAAACAAUCGCCAUCUUGGUUGGUCUAACGGGAGAAGUUAAUGAGGAAUACUUUGUAUAGUCAACCAACAUGGUGGGUAUGACGUAAUUAACAUGCACCCCAAGAAUUACACGUCGCACGGAGAGUGCACUAGUCUGUUCUUGAUCCGAACUUCAUCCSAACUUCAUCCGAACUUCAUCCGAACUCCGUAAUUCAUCCGAACGUAACCAGAGUUAAAUUCGGGCUGCACACAGGCUUCGAGUGCACAUUUAAAGCUAGCUCUGUAACAUAUAAGCGUGCAGCACGAAACAUGUCGAAAAAGUUGGAGAAAAUACCGAUCGAGAAAAUAAAGCGACAAUGAACUUUUGGAGGCAGACAUUUGAAAUUUUUAAAAAUGGUGUGAGCUGUAAUGCGUUUCCUAUUCUCUCAGCACGUCAUCGUGUUAAUGGGAUCAAUCCUUGAAUACACCAUUUAUGAGUAGAGUUGGCGGUUGAUUGAAAUUUAAGUAAGAAGAUGAAUUUUAAACAUGAAUUUGGUAGCCAUUGACAUGCUUAUUAACUGGAGAUAAAAUAUAUACUAUAAUUAUAGCUUUCUUCUCAAUAAUUAUUUUAUAAUUGUACAAUUAAUUUUUUGACGAAGUAUUGUUUCAACUUCGGAGGAAAUAUUUUUCUGCAGCCUGUGUAUUAACAGACAUAUUUGCGAUGUCUUUCAUUAAAAAAUCUCUCGAUUUGAUUGGUCAGACCAAGAAACCCAUUCGAGUGUCAUCAGCUGUGAUGACAAAGCUGCCCCGCUUCCAGCAUAAGAAUAAUCCCACGAAAGUCUCUCUCUUGUAUUUUGUUGAUUUUGAAACUGAAAAAAAGACAUAAUUUCGAAAUGAGGUUCUUGGUGUGGUUCAUUUUUGUUGCAUUUUUUGCAGUUGUUAUUGCUGACGAUGAGGACGCCAUCUUGCAAAGCACAGAAUACGGACAAGAUAUAGAGAACGACGAAUACCUCAGCGAAUUGGAUAUCAACCAAAAAGAAGGUGUCGAUCUUUUUGAAGGAGAUAUCAUGAUGGAUCCAGAAGAACUCGAACAGCUGAAGAAGGAAUGGAGCGAAAAGCAAUAACCAGUCAGCCAUGUUGAAUCCAAUAUUAUCUCAAUUACUUUGAAAACCUUGUGAUAGUCACACAUGUUUCAUAGAUUUCCCAAGUAGAUGUUUCCAAGUGUCACGUCUUUUCCAUUGUACUUAUCAUUAGUCGUCAUAAAAGUCACGCAAGUGCU